AUGCAGAGUGUUCUGUUCAGCCUUCAAACCAGAGACAGUGUGCGGGCCUCUGACUUCUGGGGCCACAGAGAGCCCAUCUGGCAGGUCUUCUCCAGCCAGUGCUCCGCUUCCCCCAGUUCUGGGCCUUCUCAGGCUUCGGCUGCCCCUGGAAACUUCACUCUCCACCUCUGCCUGCAGGGCAGGUGGCACUCUUCCACCUCCAGACCCAAACCAGCUGCAGGAGUUUCUUCCGGGAGUUGCCUGGGCUCCUGGACCCUAGUGGGGAGUGGAAGAGGAGCUACGGAGCAGGAGCUGGCCACGGCCCGAGGACCAGGAAUCCCAUUAAACUCCAAAGCUCCGGGGUAG